AUCCCUGCUGAUUGAUGUGGGGAGAGCCACGAUGAGGAACCCCUGUGCUCCCUGGGUGUCCUCUCUUACUACUGUCAUUUUUCUUCUGCUAAUUCCUGAAGGUGGCUGUGAAAGAAUCAUUGGAGGAGACACAGUAGUUCCUCACUCAAGGCCAUACAUGGUUCUACUUAAACUUAAACCAGACAGCGUCUGUGCUGGCGCUUUGAUUGCAAAAAACUGGGUGUUGACCGCUGCACAUUGUAUCCCGGGAAAGAAAUCUGAGGUCAUUCUUGGGGCUCACUCAAUAAAAAAAGAGCCGGAACAACAGAUAUUAUCUGUUAAGAAAGCAUAUCCCUAUCCUUGCUUUGACAAACACACACAUGAGGGUGAUCUACAACUUCUACGGCUAAAGAAAAAAGCAACACUUAACAAAAACGUGGCUAUCCUUCAUCUACCUAAAAAGGGGGAUGAUGUGAAACCAGGAACCAGAUGUCAUGUAGCAGGGUGGGGGCGUUUUCACAAUAAGUCACCUCCCUCUGAUACUCUGAGAGAAGUCAACAUCACUGUCAUAGACAGAAAAAUCUGCAAUGAUGAAAAACACUAUAAUUUUAACCCUGUAAUUGGACUAAAUAUGAUUUGUGCCGGAAACCUCCGUGGUGGGAAGGACUCAUGCUACGGAGAUUCUGGAGGCCCUCUGCUAUGUGAGGGUAUUUUCCGAGGCAUCACAGCUUUUGGCCUUGAGGGGACAUGUGGAGAUCCCAAAGGGCCUGGCAUCUAUACUUUACUCUCAGACAAACACCUCGAUUGGAUAAGGAAGACUGCGAAGGGCGCUGUUUAAAGGGUGACUCUCACUCCAUCCGCUGUCGCUUCUGUAUCUGAGCACAAAUAAAAUCAACUUAAAGAGCUG